GCUUCAUCCUCGGCAACGCCACGGAACGGAAAACACUCCGUUCCGCUCCGAUUGAGAGUGGGUACAACUCUACGCCACCUCCGCAUUUCUCAAUGUUGUCUAUGCACUCCGUUUUCCGUUCCAUCAGCGAUUCCGAGCCAUGUCAUCCGAUUCACCUAUCGAGGAAAUGCAUACGCGUGCUGCCAAGCGCACGAGGCUGAGUCGCGCGUGUGACCGUUGCCGGCAGCGCAAGAUUCGAUGCGAUGAGCAACAGCCGCGGUGUGGACCUUGUCGUGUGGCUCAAUAUGAUGAUUGCGUCACCACGCAUCCGAAAAAGACAGGUCUUGCUCCUCCAGAGCGUCGUCGUGCCGGUCAACAGCAGAAAAGCGAAGUGUCUACAUAUGGCGACGUUUCGACUCUGACAGCCCGAAUUGACCGUAUGGAGAGCAUGCUGGAGAGACUUAUCAGUGGAAUGGGAUCGUCUGCACAAGCUUCGAACGGCUCGCAUCGUCCGGAGAUGGGGAAACCCUUAGCAGCAGUGGGUUCGGGAGGAGGGGCAUCGCCACCAGCACUCGCUCUUGAAGAUUCUGUGCAGCCGGGGGAAGAGGUUGACCAGUUAUGGGACCAUGACCGAGAGAGCGACGAGGCCGAAUGGCCCCGAAUGGUGAACGAUGAGAGUUCAGUCAUGGGUUUCACUCGAACCACCAAAGAAUUCGAAGAAGUCACAAUGGAUCUCAGCUUUCCCCGCGAUGGUCAACGUACUUCCGACAGCAUCGCAGCCAUGGGACCGCCCAAUCCUGCCUCGCUAACGUGGCCGACUGCACCCAUCAUGCACGAUCUCCUCCACUUGUAUCUCACGUAUCAUCACCAAUUCUUCCCGAUCACUCCUCGUACAGUCUUGCUUUCACUUUCGUCGACUCAUAAGGAUCAACAUUCCUAUGCCGAGGUCAUGCAGCUCAGCAUCGCACUCGCGAUUGGCGCUUCCCGAAGUUCAUCUCCAGAGCUGGAAUCGCGGCUGUUCGACCAAGCCUGGUCAAUGAUAGGCGGCAUCAUCGCUCAACCUAGCUUGUCCGGCAUCCGAGCUCUCACGAUGACAAUAAUUCUCCUGCUGUCCAGACAGAAACCUGGCUUGGCAUGGUCACUCGCUGGCACAGCGAUCCGGAUGGCUCAAGGCUGCGGUUUGCACAAACAAGCUUCAAAAGUGAAGGACACUUUCCUUUGGUGGGUCCUGUACUGCCUCGAUCGUUGUCUCGCCUUCGUUUGCGGACGACCUUUUGCGUUCAUCGAACAGAGUUUGGACAUACCCUCGCUGCCGAACACCGACACGUGGUCUUCGUUUGUCAAGCUCGCUAAUAUUCUCUCUGCCCUAAGAACUGAGGUAUUUGAGACGAAUUUGUUGGGACGCAGCAACACCGGCGAAGCGAUUAAUCUGAUCGCCAAGUUCGAUGCCGAGCUACGACAGUGGACAAUGAUCGUCGAAGGAGCGGGAAGAAGCGGUGGUGGACUCCUGAAAUCACCUUCUGUCCGAGGUGGUCCAGAAAUCUUGAUGGUUUUGGCGUAUCAUCACGCCACGAUCAUGCUCCACAGCGUCGGAUUGUUCAUCAGUGAUACCAGCUCACGGAUGUCUGCCCUGGGUUUUGGCCGAAUCCCUUGCGUAGAGAGCGCGAGGGCCAUUUUGAGGAUCCUCGACAACCUGCUGCAAAUCCCUCUCGAGCGUCGACCCCCAAUUUCCCUCGCAUAUCCUUUAACUGGGACGUAUAUUAUCGCCCUCCGACUUCUCACCAGCCCGAUUGAUCCCAGCACGUUCGAUGACUUUCAGAUGCUGAAAAGGGGUUGUGAGGCUUGUCAGCAGGAGUACGGCAGAUACGGUUACACCGACUACGUCAAGCAGUUCCCCCUCAUCGUGAACCUCGUGUCACGGCGAUUACUCCAGUCCGAUCAACUAUCCAACACCUCUACCGCCCUCCCGGAUAUGAACGGCUCUCAAAGACAGGCUCAACUCAACACGAACUGGAUGCCAUCCUUGACAUCCGAUAACGCCCUCGGCUUUGAGCCUGACGACAAUCUGUGGCAGAUGUUCACCCAACAAGCCUCUUCCGUCCUGCCCUGGUCAUUCGAUAUGGAGCAAACGGAUUAGGAUAUGUUUUCCUCACUCUUCGGUGCUGCUUCUUCUUCCAAUUAAUUAAUUAGUUGCAAACACCCGGCGAUGGGCUUCAAGGAAACAUGGCUGAUGGACGGGAGUUCACCCAGCAGCCACCGAGUUAGUAUGGACGAGUAUUCUUCGAGCGAUCUUUGUGUGUACCGAUUAAUUAGACGUGGCUUCCACGAUAGUGCUGAUUCUAUGCGACAUAAAGCACCGCACAUCAUCGCCGUGUUUAAGCCAUAAUUACCCUUGGUUUCUGGCUAAGGCCACGCCGGUUGGUGUUCCGGUCACAAUGAUGGUAAUUACCAGUAGGCAGUGUGUCAAACUGAAAUGUGUGAGGCAGCAGACUUGGCAGAAGGUAACCCGCCG